AUGGGACAGGAUGCUUUCAUGGAGUCCCUCAGCAGCAUGGCUGGGAUCUUUCUGUGCAAAAUAUACUUUCUUCUUAUAGCAGGUGUUUGUUCGGGGCUGAAGGUGACCGUUCCUUCACACACUGUCCACGGCAUCAGGGGGCAGGCCCUCUACCUCCCCGUGCACUAUGGCUUCCACACUCCAGCAUCCGACAUCCAGAUUAUAUGGCUGUUUGAAAGAUCCCACACGAUGCCUAAAUACUUGCUGGGCUCCGUGAAUGAGUCAGUGGUUCCCGACUUGGAAUACCAGCACAAGUUCACCAUGAUGCCACCCAAUGCGUCUCUCCUCAUCAAUCCGCUGCAGUUCUCGGAUGAGGGCAAUUACAUUGUGAAGGUCAACAUCCAGGGAAAUGGAACUCUGUCCUCAAGUCAGAAGAUACAAGUCACCGUUGAUGAUCCUGUCAUGAAGCCUGUGGUUCAGUUCUACCCAGCUUCUGGGGCUGUGGAGUAUGUGGGCAACAUUACCUUGACCUGCCAGGUGGCAGGGGGUACCAGGCUAGUUUACCAGUGGCGAAAAAAUGGGAAACCUGUUUGCAUCAACUCCAGCCACUCCCUUUCUCCCGAAAACAACACCCUUUGGAUUGCUCCAGUGACAAAGGAGGAUGUUGGGAACUACAGCUGUCUUGUCUCAAACCCCGUUAGUGAGAUGGAAAGUGACAUCAUUAUGCCCACCAUAUAUUAUGGACCUUAUGGACUUCAAGUUAAUUCUGACAAGGGGCUAAAAGUGGGAGAAGUGUUCACUGUUGACCUAGGAGAAGCUAUCCUGUUUGAUUGUUCUGCUGAUUCUUAUCCUCCCAACACUUACUCCUGGAUCCAAAGAUCUGACAACACAACACAUGUCAUUCAACAUGGGCCUCGUUUAGAAGUGGCAUCUGAGAAAGUGGCCCAGAAGACCACUGACUACAUGUGCUGUGCUUACAACAACAUAACGGGAAAGCGAGAUGAAACUCAUUUCACCAUCAUCAUCACUUCCGUAGGACUGGAGAAACUUGCACAAAAAGGAAAAUCGCUGUCCCCAUUAGCGAGUAUAACUGGAAUAUCGCUGUUUUUGAUUAUAUCCAUGUGUCUUCUUUUUCUAUGGAAAAAAUAUCAACCUUACAAAGCUAUAAGGCAGAAGCUAAGAAGCCGAUCAGAGUCCGAAUACAGAAAAGCUCAAACCUUUUCAGGCCAUGAAGAUGCUCUGGGUGACUUCGGAAUAUACGAAUUUGUGACUUUUCCAGAUGCGUCUGGUGUUCCCAGGAUGCCAACUAGGUCUGCCCCAGCCUCUGAUGGUGUGACAGGGCAUGAUUUUCUUGGAACCAUUUAUGAAGUUAUUCAGCACAUCCCUGCCCAACAACAAGUCAAUCGAGAGUGA